AUGGAUGCAGUGAAGGGAACUUCUCUGCAGAAGUGGAGCUGCUCAGGGCAGACUGCAGAGUACUGCAAGUGCGGCUACGCGGGAGAGCCGAGGCCCACCUACGUCAUCUCCUCCACCGUGGGCAAACGCUGCCCCGAGGCGGCUGACGCCAGUGACACUGGCAAGGAGACCUUGGUGGGCCAUGAGCUGCUGAGCACAGAGGCGCCUCUCAAGCUGGUGAACCCGCUGAAGCACAGCGUUGUGGUGGACUGGGACUGCGUGCAGGACAUCUGGGAGUACAUCUUCCGCAUGGCCAUGAAGAUCGUCCCCGAGAAGCACGCUGUGCUGGUCUCGGACCCUCUGCUCAGCCCCAGCAGCAACCGGGAGAAGUACACGGAGCUCAUGUUGGAGGCCUUCGGCAUCCCCGCCAUGCACGUGACGUCCCAGUUGCUGCUGUCCAUCUACUCCUAUGGCAAGACCUCAGGGCUCGUGGUGGAGAGCGGGCACGGCGUCUCGCAUGUGGUGCCCAUCUCCGAGGGCAACGUGCUGCCAGGCCUGACCAGCCACGCGGACUACGCUGGGGGUGACCUCACCAACUACCUGAUGCAGCUGCUCAAUGAGGCGGGCCACGCAUUCACUGAUGACCACCUGCACAUCAUAGAGCACAUCAAGAAGAAGUGCUGCUAUGUGGCCUUGCUGCCCGAGGAGGAGCUUGCCCUGCUUCAGGAGGAGCUGCGCGUGGACUAUGAGCUCCCGGACGGCAAGCUCAUCACCAUCAGCCAGGAGCAUUUCUGCUGCUCUGAGACGCUCUUCAAGCCCUCCCUGGCAGGCAGCACCCAGCCUGGCCUCCCGGAGCUCACGGCCGCCUGCCUGGGCUGCUUCCAGGACACGGGCUUCAAGGAGACGAUGGUCACCAAUGUGCUGCUGUGUGGUGGCUGCACCAUGCUGGAUGGCUUCCCCGAGCACUUCCAGAGGGAGCUGAGCCUCCUCUGCCCUGGGGACAGCCCUGUGGUGGCUGCCAGUCCUGAAAGGAAGACCUCUGUGUGGACCAGCGGCUCCAUCCUGGCCUCCCUGCAGGCCUUCCAACAGCUCUGAGUCAGCAAGGAAGAGUUUCAGGAGCAGGGCAGCAUGGCCAUCUACAGCAAGUGCUGAGCCUCAGCAUCUCCACAGACAAGGCCUCCAGCACAGGGGGCCAUGGGCAGCUCUAUACACAUUUACAGAAUUUCACAUAAAGCUUUACUCUGCAAAAA